CUUCUUCUCGCCCUACAGCAUCUGGACGGCGCUUACCUUGGCCUACUUCGGGUCCAACGGCAGCACCAAGACCCAGCUGGAAAGGGUCCUUCAGCUGGGCAACCGGGAAGGCGCACUGGCCUUGUACAAAAGCGUGGAUCAGUUGUGCAGGUUGCAAGAAAACAACCCCAAUAACACGAUUAAUGCAGCUAACAGAAUAUACGUUCAGGAUGGGUUGCCGCUCAGAGACUGUCUACAGACGGUUUUCUCGAAAGAAAUGAAAGCUGUAGAUUUCCGCCAGCAAGCACAAGCCGCCGCGGGGGAGAUCAACAGGUUCGUCAGCGACACAACCAGAGGCAAAAUUCCGGAGACAGUGUCAGCCAACAGCGUGUCAGGAGCCGUGAUGGUGCUCAUCAACGCAGUCUACUUCAAGGGCUUGUGGGAGCGUUAGUUCAAGGUCGGGAACACGGUCCCGCAAAAGUUCUUUGUGACGCCGAAUAGACAUGCAAUGGUCCCUAUGAUGAGCCAAGAAAGCGGAGAUCGAAGGCGCGAGUCACAGGAGCUGGAUGCCCAGGUGCUGGAGAUGCCCUACCGGAGCGGUCGCACGUCCAUGUUCGUGCUCCUUCCUCGAGACCAGGGGACGGGCCGGGAGCUCGACGAGAUGGUGCAGCGCCUUAACCCUUCGACGCUGACGGCGGCGCUGACGGACACUCACGAGCAAACAGUCCAUCUCAAGUUCCCCAAGUUCAAGUUUGAGAAGAAGAUCGACAUUGCGCUUCAGCAGGCUCUGGUGCGCAUGGGCGUUGGAUUCUCCGACCGAGCAGACCUCACAAACUUCAAGUCCGACGGCGGCCUCCAAGCCACGGACAUCAUCCACAAGGCAGUGGUGGAAGUGGACGAAGAAGGCGCUGAAGCAGCAGCGGCCACGGCGAUUGUGAUUGUGGGCGCGUCGGUCAUCCCAUCCCCGCCAGUCCGCUUCACCUGCGACCGCCCCUUCCUCUUCCUCAUUCGAGACAAUGACAUCGACAAUAUCCUCUUCAUUGGGGCUUACAGGGAGCCUUAA